UUCAAAAAGAAACUAUUCUUCGGCGGCAGUCAGCAACAAUACCAAAAAAUUAUUUACUUACAAAAAUUGAGAACUGAUCUUUUUUCAAUCAAUUUUUCUUUAUAACAUUUUUGACUGAGUUUAAAAACUUGAUUGCAUCAAAUGUAAGUUUUACAAAUUAUAAUAUACCAUUAGACGUAGAAAUUCUUUCACACAAUGAGUAUAUUAGUGAGCCGGUGCACUUUGCGCCCUUUAAUUUCUUCAAGGUUCAUACAUAUGUCUUACUUGGCUCAAAGUGAGCUUAAAAGACGAUUGAAAGCUGAACAAAAAGCCAAGGAAAAAUUAGAAAAAGAAGCUACUGCUCAAAGUAAACAGCCGACAACUAAGAAAGUUGAUGAUUUGUCUGCGGCUACUAAAGCUUUAGAUAUCAGUCCAAAUGAAUUCUUUAGCUUGCGUUUACAAGCCAUUGCUCAGAUGAAAAAGGACGGAGAGGAACCUUACCCACAUAAGUUUAAUGUAACUUUAUCUUUAGAAAAUUUUAUAAAUGAGUUUCAGUCAUUAAAUGAAAGUCAGAUUUUGCAUGAUAAAGAAUUCAGUGUUGCAGGACGAGUACAUGCGAUUCGUGAAUCUGGUCCAAAACUAAUAUUUUAUGAUUUGCGUGGUGAAGGUGUAAAAAUUCAAGUGAUGGCCAACGCAAAACAAUAUUCUUCUGAAGACAGUUUUAUUGCAGACACGUCUAAAAUACGACGUGGUGACAUAAUUGGUGUCACCGGUAGUCCUGGCAAAACUAAAAAGGGCGAAUUGUCCAUUUUUCCCAAACACAUUAAAUUAUUAACUCCUUGCUUACACAUGUUGCCUCAUUUACAUUAUGGUCUCAAAGACAAAGAAACUAGAUACAGGCAAAGAUAUUUAGACUUGAUCAUCAACGAAAAUGUGCGUAACAAGUUCAUAGUUAGGGCUAAAAUUAUCUCGUACGUUCGGCGUUUCUUAGACAAUUUAGGUUUUCUCGAAAUCGAAACUCCAAUGAUGAACAUGAUUGCCGGUGGUGCUACAGCAAAACCUUUCAUUACCCACCAUAAUGAUUUGAAUAUGGAUUUGUUCAUGAGAGUCGCGCCAGAACUUUACCACAAAAUGCUUGUUGUCGGGGGUAUCGAUCGUGUAUAUGAAAUUGGUCGUCAGUUCAGAAACGAAGCAAUCGAUUUAACUCAUAACCCUGAAUUUACUACAUGCGAGUUUUAUAUGGCGUACGCAGAUUAUAAUGAUCUUAUGAAAAUCACAGAAGAUCUUUUGUCUGGCCUUGUAAAAAGUAUAUAUGGAUCUUACAAAAUAAAGUAUCAUCCUGACGGUGUGGACUCCAAUACUGAACCUGUUGAAGUAGAUUUCACUCCACCAUUCAAGAGGAUGUACAUGUUUCCCGCUUUAGAAGAAGUAUUAUCAGUAAAACUACCUGACCCGACACGACUGUCAACACCUGAAGCAAACAAGUUACUUGAUGAAUUGUGUUUAAAGCACGAUGUAGAUUGUCCUCCACCAAGGACUUCGUCUAGACUGCUCGACAAACUUGUGGGAGAGUUUCUUGAAGAAACUUGUAUUAAUCCUACGUUUAUAUGCGAUCAUCCUCAAGUGAUGUCACCAUUAGCCAAAUGGCACCGAGCUACUCCUGGUCUAACUGAAAGAUUUGAAUUGUUUGUUAUGAAAAAAGAAGUUUGUAAUGCAUAUACAGAAUUGAAUGAUCCUAUGAUUCAAAGAGAACGAUUCGAGCAACAAGCAAAGGAUAAAGCUGCCGGAGAUGACGAAGCUCAGUUGAUAGAUGAAAACUUCUGUACAUCAUUAGAGUAUGGUCUGCCUCCAACGGCUGGAUGGGGUCUAGGAAUUGAUCGACUUACUAUGUUUUUAACUGACUCAAAUAAUAUUAAAGAAGUACUGUUCUUCCCAGCCAUGAAGCCAGAUGAUCCCAAUAAACACAAAGAAGAAAAGAUUGAAGAAGAAGAAAAACCCAAAGUCUAAAAAUUGUAAUAUUUUAAUACGAUUAUAAUAAAUUAUAAAAAGAAAAAAAUUCAAUUUAAUA